CGGAGAUAACGUGUUGUUUCGUUCCGUGGACCGCCCCAGCUAUUCUCGUCCAGUAAAGGUCUGGGCCCUACCCAACCGCAUCGGACGAAAUCUCCACAUCGCCCCGAGGAAAACUUGGGAAGACUCUCAACCUAUUACUAUCGCCACGGAAUUUUUUGUGUCUGUUGGUGACUCAAGUACUUUCCGUUAAAUAAGUAAAGAUGAAGCGAAUUUAACGUCGGUUUUAUCUCGUCCUCUUUAAUGUAUAAAAAGCUGUUAAUAGUUGUAACCAAACAUGAGAUGACACAGGGGAAUAGAAAGGAUGAACAUUUUGGUUUUCGUUGGACUUCUUUCUUAUGCCUGGGCUUUCCCGUCCCAGCCUCGGAAACAAAAACUACAGGACUCUCUUACUCAAGAGACAGUACCAAUUGAAAUUCUGCUUGAUCACGAACAAGCGAGACGAAAGCGGUCGGCCCACUCAUUUCCGGAUAGACUUCUGUUUAAAUUUUCCACCAGUAAUGGCGACAUCCGGCUGGACUUGACCCGGAACGACUUAGUCAAGGUCCCCCCGGUCCUUCUAUGGACGGGACAGCGCGUCAUCAAUGAUACAACAUUCCAACUACAGAGAGACUUCGCCCUGUAUCAAGGUAGUGAACUGGGAGCCAAUGCCUUGGUUCGAUUUCCAGAUGACGAUUACACCAGAUUUGAAUUGCACGCCAAUUACAUCAUUGGGACCGAUUUUUAUUCCAUUGAACCUGUGACGUCACGAACGAGACGGUCAGCAAUUAAGAUCGUGGAGCCGCCAUUUUCCAAGACAACCCCCCACCCAGCGACAAUCCGUAUCCACAAUGUCCUCAGGCUGGAGAAAGAUUCCCUUGACUUUGGAAACGACAUGUUCAUCAUUGAAAACGGAUCGCCCGAGACUGAGGGUCUAAAACUACAGCGGGUAGUGGAGGAGACGGGUGGUACCACGACCCAGGGACCGGUCAUCCUGGACAUUGCUGGGAAUAGCAACCAAAGAAAGAAGAGAGAAACCGAUGAGAGCCGCGAUCGCUACAGACGGAGCACGAACCAGUUGUACGUGGAGUACUUGGUCUGCGUGGACUACGCCAACUUCGUCAUAUGGAAGUCUACCUCCAAUGCUACCACGGAUGAAUUAAGAGCCGAAGAUGCAAAAAAUGCUAUCACCAAAUAUUAUCUCUAUCUCGUCAAUGGGAUUGACACCCGAUUCAAGACUGCCCAGACCCCUCAGGGGGACCUGCGUGUGGCUAUAGCUGGGAUUGUACUAGCGAUGGACCAGAAGUCCUCUAACUGGACUGAGAACAAUGUCCUGAGCGGCAACAAGGUCAAUGACGGGAACACGCUGAUGGACUUCGCCAUCUGGUCCAACGCCCAGAAAUCCGUGCUCCCGCGCCACGAUCACGCCGCGCUCUACACCGGGUACAAUUUGGCAGAGACAACAACAGACGACAGGACGAUAGGUAUCGCCUACCUGUCCCGGGUCUGUAAUUCCUACGCAGCCUCUGUGAACGAGGAGACGUUUAACGCAAUCGCUAUCCAUAUAGGCGCCCACGAACUUGGACAUAGCAUUGGAGCAUCACACGACACGGGAUCAUGUCCGUCCAGUAAUUUCAAUUUGAUGGCGGGAAUUUUACCCAACCCAGCCAACCUGAGCCCCAGUAUGGCGCUGAAUACCUUUAAAUUUUCCGCCUGUUCCCGAGCGUCCAUUGGUACAUACAUUAGUGGAAUGUUGGAAAAUUGUUUGAGCAACGUGCCUCCCUAUCUGAAUGCAGUCAAUGGCGAGACUCACGCAUUUACAGCAGACGAACAGUGUGCUAUGACGUAUGCACCCUCCAAGGGAUCCACAGUGUGCCGGGAGACGUACGUGGGGACCAUACUGAAGUGGUCAGAAAUCUGUCACAAGCUCCGGUGUCGGAUUCCCGGAAGUUCGUCUUGUUCCGCCCACUUUACGUUUGAUGGAACCCCGUGUGGUAACUACAAGUGGUGCCAGCAAGGAGUGUGCGUCAGUUCCACCAAAGCUGUGAAUGUUCCUGACAACUGUCCUUUCGGUGAUGAUCCUAACUACAACUGUGACUUUUCGCUCUGCGGCCAGUAUUCUCAGGGUGUCCGCGAAGGGAGUUGUUGUCAAACCUGUCUCAUAGGAACAACUCCUACAACCACACAAACAACACCUUCAACAACUACGCCUACAACUACACCUACUACAACUACACAAACAACAACGACGCCCACAACAACAACUACACCUACUACAACAACUACACCUACUACAACAACGACGCCCACAACAACAACAACUACACCCACAACAACAACUACGCCUACAACAACCACUACGCCCAUGACAACAACGCCCACAACAACAACUACACCUACUACAACAACUACACCUACUACAACAACGACACCCACAACAACAACUACACCUACUACAACAACGACGCCCACAACAACAACAACGACGCCCACAACAACAACUACACCUACUACAACAACUACACCUACUACAACAACUACGCCUACAACAACCACUACGCCCACAACAACUACGCCCACAACAACAACGCCCACAACAACAACUACACCUACUACUACAACUACACCUACUACAACAACCACAAUGCCCACAACAACUACUACGCCCACAACAACAACUACACCUACAACCACUACGCCCACAACAACCACUACACCUACUACAACAACUACACCUACAACCACUACGCCCACAACAACAACUACACCUACUACAACAACUACAACAACAACGCCCAUAACCACUACGCCCACAACAACCACUACGCCCACAACAACAACUACACGGACUACUACAACUACACCUACUACAACAACUACAACGCCCACAACAACAACGACACCUACUACAAUAGCCACUACGCCCACAACAACUACAACGCCCACAACAACAACGACACCUACUACAACAACUAUGCUCACAACAACAACGCCCACAAAAAUUACAACUACACUCACAACAACGCAACCCACAACAACAACAACUACGCCCACAACAACAGCAACCACAUCCACAACGACACUAGCUUCAACAAUGACAACCACUAGAACAACACCCACUAUUAUAACGACAACAACAACGCCUUCUACAACAUCCUCUUCAACAAUGAAAAUAACAACGGCUACAUCCUCUGAAACAACUUCGACAUCAACAACCACAAUGAAAUCUACAACAACAUCUCCAAUAACAACCGAGACAACAGUUACUGCGGUAUCUUCUGAGUCACCAACCUCCACUGUUGGUUCCACACAAGGGGAAACAGAUACUGAAUCUACAACAAGUGCUGACACAUCUCCUUUUCUGAUCACUAAACCUAGUUCAUCCUCACCAACUAGUCAAUCUACUGGAGCAACCUCUCAAACAGCAACUAUAGUGCCCCAGACUUCACCCUCUGUGACGUCAUACACUAGUGAGGAGGCCACAGAUCCAAGUUCUACUGCAUCGACAGAUACAACAAUGCACUCAACAACAACAACAGCAACAACAACAAGAACAGUACAGCCUACAGUUUCCUCAACAAAAACAACAACACAAUCUCCUGUAUCUUCCACUAUCUCAGUAACACCGUCCCCUGAGGUACCGACUACUAGUACUUCCAGCACCGCUACCACUGCAACUCAGACAACUGUGAAUUCCUCCUCCACUCCAGAAAAGACAACAACAACUAAAACAACAACAACAAGACAGCCCACUGUCCAAACAACCACAGAUAGUGGGGAUGAUGUGAUAAUCAACUUUAUGCAGCAAGCAGACUUCUAUCACCUAACCAAAAUAGCUUUAUUCCAAGCCCUCGUGGCAAACAUUGUGUGAGUAAGCGGACCUUUAUUCGCCAUUUUGUUACCGAAUUAUUUUGAUCGACCUCUCAAAGUCCUCCAUGUCAAGUUCCUCGGACAGUGACGAUGUCUUUCAUACUUUGAUGUUACUUUAUUGACUCCAAGUGAGUGAAGAAGUGUUAUAACUUUAUGAUGAUCAGUUUCAGAGUUUGAUGUUUUAUAUGAAAUCCGUACAUUGUUUUUAGAUGCUUAGAUUGUUAAAUAAAUGGAUCAGUGUUCAACAGCGGCCUCUCUCAAUCUUAAAGUAGUCAAAAAUCUGUAGAAAUGCAUGGUGUCAUGGCACCCAGAGUGUCAAUCUUCUCCCGUCCUCGUUUCUUAAAAGAGUGCCUCACUGCCCUUCCCCCAUUUGAAGUUACAGUAUAAUGUGUAAAAUGUCUCUCGUAGACUGAGGAGGACUUUGUUUUCUGCCACAGACCUCUAUCAUAACCCCUUUACGUUCACAUACAAGGUCAUUUAACAAACCCCUUUCUCGUAGGUGUAUUACAAAAAAGUUGAUUAUAUUAAAUCCUGCGACAGUUCA